AUGGAAGAGGACAAGGAUACGAUAAUGGGGGAGACUCGCAAGAUUCCUUCCUUGUCUUCCCACACCUCUCUCACCCAUCCUCCUCCCUCUGCACAUCUGCAGCAGAGAGCGAAUCCCACUCUGACCCCAUCUUUCAUUCCUGGAGUCAAUAGCUCUCCUUCUCCCGGGUCAGAACCAUUUCCACCACGCGAUUCAACCCUCUUGACGGGUAUGGCGCCGCCUGAACGUGUCAAGCUGAGCGACUCGGACAGCAAUUCCGCCUCCAUCUCCUUCAAGCGGGACAGUCUGGUUGAGCCUAACUCAGACUGGUCCGACGAGGAGGUCAUGCCUAGAGCUGGCCUACCCGUUGGUUCUCUUGCGACAGGGCUCUGUUAUGAUGUACGGAUGCGCUACCACUGUGAAGUCCGACCCACAUCGGACGUUCACCCGGAAGACCCAAGACGCAUCUACUACAUCUACAAAGAGCUGUGUCGCGCCGGAUUGGUCGAUGAUCCAGAAUCGACUCGGCCUUUAGCUCCGCAAACUCUUCAACGGAUUCACGCUCGGAACGCCACUGAAAAAGAAAUAACCCAUAUCCAUUCCCAAGCCCACUUCGCCUUUGUUGAAAGCACCCGAGAGAUGACCGAUGACGAGCUGGUUUAUCUAGAGCAAACUAGGGAUUCCAUCUAUUUCAACCGCUUGACAUUCGCCUCAUCCCUCUUGUCCACCGGAGGUGCGAUUGAAACCUGCUUGGCUGUUGCGCGCCGCGAGGUCAAGAACGCGAUUGCGGUGAUUCGCCCUCCAGGUCACCAUGCGGAGCAUGAUGUGGCCAUGGGCUUCUGUCUGUUCAACAAUGUACCAGUUGCCGCGCGCGUCUGUCAGAAUGAGCUUGGUGACCAGUGCCGUAAGAUUUUAAUUCUCGAUUGGGAUGUCCAUCAUGCAGCAGGAAACGGAAUUCAGAAAGCAUUCUACAACGACCCUAAUAUCCUCUACAUUUCUCUUCAUGUGCACCAGAAUGGUCGAUUUUACCCCGGGGGCCAAGAAGGCGAUUGGGACCAUUGUGGUGAGGGCCCAGGCCUCGGAAAGAAUGUUAAUAUACCAUGGCCAGAUCAAGGCAUGGGCGAUGGUGAUUACAUGUUUGCAUUUCAACAAGUCGUCAUGCCCAUUGCCCUGGAAUUCAAUCCAGAUCUUGUCAUUAUUUCGGCUGGAUUCGAUGCUGCGGCCGGUGAUGUUCUGGGUGGUUGUUUUGUCUCCCCUGCUUGCUACGCUCAAAUGACGCAUAUGCUUAUGACUCUUGCCAAUGGCAAGGUUGCUGUUUGCUUGGAAGGAGGAUACAACUUUCGAUCGAUCUCGAAGUCUGCGUUGGCGGUGACUAAGACCCUGAUGGGCGAGCCUCCGGACCGAUUGCUCAUGACUUCCCCCACCGAAGACGCGGUAUCAACUGUUCGACGUGUCAUGGGAAUUCAGGCACAAUAUUGGCAUUGCAUGUUCCCGAAACCACCGACACAUCCGGUUUGGGCAGAUCGGCUUCAUGAUGUUCUUCGCGACUAUCAAUCCAAGCAACUGUAUGCUAGUUUCAAACUCACGCCACUGUACAUCUAUCGCACUGCCAUUUCGAAAUCCUUUGACAAUCAGGUACUAGCAAGCCCCAAUUACAACCAGCCUGUGCCGCUCGUUGUCAUUUUCCACGACCCUCCUGAGAUGGUGGGACAUCCACACCCGGUCACUAACAAGCUAGAUGCUCAUAAUUGUUGGGUGGCUGAUGUCCAAAAGGAAUACAUUGCAUGGAUUAUUAAUAAAGGAUACGCUGUGAUUGACAUCAACAUCCCAAAGCAUGUCAGCCGCGAGCCGGCGACUGGCCGAUACGAAGAAGAGGAUGAGAACCGGCCGACUGCGACAGAAGAGCUCGCAAGCUAUCUGUGGGACAAUUACAUCGAGCCCAAUGAUCACCGAGAGAUCUUUUUCAUGGGAAUCGGCAAUGCCUUUUACGGCGCAGCUAAUCUCCUGAUCAAUCGAGAGAACUUGUACAAGCAUGUUAACGGCAUUGUGUCAUUCGUGGCGGAGAACCCUGUCCGCGCCAUCGCGUCCCCCACGCAGACCUGGCUGUCGAAGUGGUACCGAGAUAACUCGUUGGUAUUUGUCUCCAAGACCCACAGCGUCUGGGGGAACCCGGAUCGCAAACCGUCUAAGCGAUACGGCCGGCUGCACAAGUCGGAGAAGACAUCUCUGAGCGAGAUGUUGUCCGAGCACAAAGCGGAGGUUUUCGAGUGGCUUGCCGAGCGAGCCGACGAGGAGCCUUCGGAGGAGGAACAGGGAGACGCGGACCAGGAUUUACCGAUGAAGGAAUGA